AUGGAUAUGACGAGCUCAGACGAUAACACAAUGAUCAUGAUGACCCCGUAUCUGCACUUUACUGGUGGCGAUUUCCUCUACUUCAAAUCUCUUGCGCCCUCGUCCAGGGGCGCCAUCGCGGGCGCGGCCAUUGUGCUGGUCUUCCUCGCGAUUCUUGAACGCGCUCUCUCUGCUGGAAGGGGACUGAUGGAGGCGCAUUGGCGACAGGCCGCCCUGGGCAUGGCUGUACAACGUCUUGGUCUCACCGCAGAGCCAGCUGAGGCCGAAUGCGUCGACUGCAAAGAAGAAGAGAAGGCGCCGUCUGCGAAUGCUACACCUAUUCCCUCCCUCGCAACGCAACCGCUUCUUGCCUCGCGCCGCGCCCGCCUGAUCGCGCCCUUUAUCGCCUCUCACGAUCUCUCCCGCGGCGCGCUCUAUGCUCUUCAAGCGCUACUCGCCUACGCCCUCAUGCUUGCCGUUAUGACCUUCCAGGCGGCGUACAUCAUUUCGAUAGUGGCGGGACUGGGGCUCGGGGAAAUGUUGUUCGGUCGCUUCGCACUCGCUCACGCGAAUCUCUAA